AUGAAUGCAGCUCAUUCUGUUCAGCAAGUGAUAAAUACUACUCCACCUAAUCUUAUUGAUCUUAGCUCAAGUGAGGAAUAUGAAAGUACUAACUCUAAUGAGGAUAAGAAUUCGAAUGAUGAUCUUGUAAAGGAUGAUGAUGAAUUAGAUGAUAAUAGAGGUGCAAAUUCAAUAAUUGACUGUCUUCUUGCAGCUUCAAAGCUAGCAUUAAAGGAUACUGCAGUAGGAAGCUUAAAAAUUACAAGUAUUUUUUCUGCUACUAAUACUCAACUACUGACUAUUGAUGAUGAUGAAGAUAUUGGAGACCAUAGUUUUUCAGAUAGUGAAUGCAGUGACAGUGAAUCAGAGGAUGAAGAAAGUUUGAUUAAUAAUGCUAUUGAAUUUGUAAACAAAAUAUUGAAUGAAAAGAUG